UUUUAUUUUUCGUCUCCGUCUUCUUUUCAUCUCUCUGCAUUUUCCCCAUUUCUUGUGGUUAAGUUCAGCAGUUUAAUUGUUCUGAGGAUUACGGUGUUUUUAGCUGCGGCGGUGUGAUCGUUGUUUCAGUUAGCUGAAUCCGGAUACUCCGAUCCCCAACAGCAAUGAAUUCCAGAAGCUUCAGGGAUCGUAAUGCGAGAGCUGCUCUUUUUGAUGGCAUUGAGGAAGGAGGUAUAAGGGCAUCAUCUUCUUACUCGUCUCACGAGAUUGAUGAACAAGAAAACGAGAGGGCUAUUGAUGGACUACAAGACCGAGUUAAUCUGCUGAAAAGGUUGUCAGGUGAUAUACAUGGGGAAGUCGAGUCUCAUAACCAUAUGCUGGAUGGAAUGGGGAAUGACAUGGAUGCCUCGAGAGGAGUUUUAUCUGGAACAAUGGAUAAAUUUAAGAUGGUGUUCGAGACCAAAUCAAGCCGGAGGAUGUUUACUCUUGUUGCAUCUUUCGUGGUUAUUUUCCUUGUUGUAUACUAUCUUACUAGGUAAGUGGUCAUUUUUGGUGAUGAGUAGGACCGACGUACUUGUGUAGUACUGCAAUUUUAAAACUGCUUUACUAGCAAUUCAUCUAUGCUAUGCCUGGUCGACAGUGCUCGUGUACAACAUGCACUCGAAAAUUGAAAUGAUAUACCAUUGUAAAGGAGGUUCAAGCAUAGAGUAUGUUUUUUUUUUAAAUAAUAAGCAUAGAGUAUGUUGGCGUA